AUGAACCCAACAUUCUUCGACCAAUUCAUAAGUCCACAAACCCUAGGAAUUCCAUUAAUUACCCUAGCCAUACUAAUACCACCAAUUAUCUUCCCUACCCAAAAUACCCGAUGAUUAACUAACCGUUUUUCAACCCUCCAAUCAUGAACAAUCAACCUGUUUACAAAACAACUAAUACUCCCCAUCAACAAAACAGGCCACCAAUGAUCUAUCAUCUUAACAUCACUAAUAACCAUACUAUUGACAAUCAACCUACUAGGCCUUCUACCCUACACCUUCACCCCCACUACACAACUUUCCCUAAACAUAGGACUAGCUAUUCCAAUAUGACUAGCCACAGUACUCAUCGGACUUCGAAACCAACCAACAACAUCACUAGGACACCUCCUACCAGAAGGCACUCCAACUCCAUUAAUCCCAAUCCUUAUCAUCAUUGAAACAAUCAGCCUAUUCAUCCGACCACUAGCUCUAGGUGUACGGCUAACAGCCAACUUAACAGCCGGACAUCUACUAAUCCAACUUACCUCAAUCGCAGUACUAGCCCUAAUUCCAACAAUACCAACAUUAUCAAUACUAACCAUAACUAUUCUUUUCCUCCUAACAAUUUUAGAAUUAGCCGUAGCCAUAAUCCAAGCCUACGUAUUUAUCCUACUACUAAGCCUCUAUCUACAAGAAAACACCUA